AUGACUGAAACGACCUGCAUAAGUUGUGAGCCUGGUACAUAUGGAAUAAACUGUUCAGAGUCGUGUCCUGAUGAUCAUUACGGAGAGAGAUGUUUGUCUGUGUGUAAUUGUACAGAGGGAAAGUUCUGUGAUAAAAGGGUGGGAUGUAUAAAACAGUCAACUCCAAUAAAUGGUUCAAUUUUGUGUGAUUGUACAGAGGAAAAGAUAUGCGAAAAAGGGAUGGCGUGUAUGAAACCGUCAACUUUCAGGAAUGGUCCAACGAUUGAUACUGGCACACGAAGCGAAGAAAAUCAAGAUUCUCAUUCCUACCUGGCGAUCAGUGAACGGACCCCUCAACUAUAUGCAGAUGUACACUAUGAAGAGUCCACAGAAAGGAAUAAUUUACCAUCCAUGGUCAGUGAACGGUAUCCACUGUAUGCUAAUGUACACUAUGAAGUGGAAAUAGAGAGAAAAAGUUCAGCUUCUACAAUCAGUGAACGAUCUAUUCCACUAUACGCUAAUGUUAACUAUGAAGUGGACGCAGAAAGUAAACGUUCAUCUUCAGAAUCUUUAUAUGACAAGGGAGAAAACUCUAUUAGCACCACUAAUAGUAGUAAAAGAUCUGACGAUUAUUUGACACUCAUUGGGCACACUGAGGACGAACAUCAACAUAACAAUCAAUUAUCUGCUCAUGUUACCCUCAUGAUAUAA